AUGAAUCACGAAAAACUCUGCUGUUCAGUCUGUCUGGAUCUACUGAAGGAUCCAGUGACUAUUUCUUGUGGACACAACUACUGUAUGAGCUGUAUUAAAGUCCACUGGAAUAAAGAGGAACCAAAAGGAAUCUACAGCUGUCCUCAGUGCAGAAAAAUCUUCAUCCCGAGGCCUGCUCUUGUGAAAAACAGCAUGUUAGCAGAGUUAGUAGAGGACUCUAAGAUACCUGGAAUCCAACCUGUUUCAGCUGAUCUCUGCUAUGCUGGACCUGAAGAUGUUUCCUGUGAUGUCUGCACUGAAAAGAAGCUGAAAGCAGUGAAGUCCUGUCUGGUAUGUUUGGUUUCUUACUGUGAGCAACACCUCCAGCCUCACUAUAACUCUGCCUUUGACAAACACAAGCUGGUCAAACCAUCGAACAGGCUCAAAGGGAACAUCUGUUCAACUCAUAAUGAGAUGAUGAAGAUGUUCUGCCGUACUGAUCAAAAAUGUAUCUGCUAUCUCUGCUGUGUGAAUGAACAUAAACGCCACAACACAAUUGAAAUGCAAAAAGAAUUUGAGGUGAUUUUGCAAAUUGUUCACCGGAGAAUUCAGACCAAAGAAACAGAAGUGAACGUGCUUGGGAAGGAAAUCGAGGACAUUCUGCAAUCUUCUGAUAGCGCUGAGAAGGACAUUGAGACAAUCAUCAAUGAGCUGGUGAGUUUCAUUAAAAAGAAAGGCUCAAUCUAA